AUGUAUGGAUCCCAAUCCAUUCGUACAGCUCAGGGAACCAACCAGUGCAUCGAUGUGGCCGGUGGUCUAGUUGUCAACGGCGCCCGGCUGGUUCAGGCCAGGUGCAACGCCAGCUCGCCCACACAGAAGUUCAUCACCCUUGAUGCGGGCGGCGGCGUAUUGCACAUCUAUAGCGAUGUCGACCGUACACGCUGCUGGAACGCGUGGCCACUGUACGACAGGGCCCCGCCUAGCGAUUACGGCUCAGGCUCCGGGACCCUGAUGUUCAACGGCGCAGUUCUGAUGUGGGAUUGCGAUUUCACGGACCCCGCCACGCAGUUCAAGCCGACGGCGCAGGGCUCAGGGUGGUCAUUGCAACCCCUGUUUUCGAGCAUCAACUGUGUGGGCCUCAACACGACCACCGUCGCGGGCAAGACCGAGACCCGGCUGGUGAUGCUUCCCUGCGGCAGCAACGUGGCGGCCCAGACUCUGCUGUUCACGCUGACGGCACGGCGGGCUGGGCGCUGCCGGCUCUACCUCCAUUGCAUUGAGUAGUAGGACACGCCAUGACCUGGGAGACGCCAAACUUACCUCGCGGAUGGCGGCUGGUUGCUGGCGAAUGUGCGAGUCAUGGUGUUGACCUGUUAUGUGCGUGGUGUUGUGUCUGUACGCAUGGUGGCUGUACAGCAGAUAUCAGGAAGCAAACACGCAUGCAUUCAGAGCGCCGUUUAUUGCUAACCGGCGGUACAAAUAAAUAUACAUAGGGUACAAUUGUGUAUGUUAAUGUUGCUAUGACAAGGGGACGGUUGAUGCCGCAGGAGUAGGUCUUCGCCGCGGAGGAGUCCGUGGCGGGGCCUUGGACGGGGCUCUGUCCUUCGAAAGGACGUACCGAAGGGGGCUCAUUGCUUUUUCGUACUCAUAACCGAGUCCUGCAUGCGAGCUCGAAAGCGAUGAGCGCACUGUCGAACAACCGUGUAGUAGUGCUGUAGUGUUGUGUGAUGGCCUAUCACGCAACCCAACUCGUCG